GUCCCUUUGCUCUACCUGCCUGGUGCUUCACCACAACUCCUCAAGCAGGUUUCUGGAGCUUCUGGUCGUCAGGGCAUGAAGGCUGACACCCAUUCCUCCUCCUUAUUCCCUGGCUGUAUCUGAACCACUGGCCACCGCAGUUCUUCACAGUCGUAGCCACUGCGCCACAGCACACCUGGGAAGCCAGUGAUGGAGCAAGCCCACUGCACACAAUGGAUCAUGUGAGCUUCACUGGGACGUUUAUGAAGUGGCACUGUCAGCCCCACAGAAGGUGUAAAUCAAGAAGAUGUCCAAAUAGGUAUAAAUUCCUCGGCUGUCCAGAUUUGUGGGAAGAGGAACCUUGUGUAGAAGCCCAGGUUGGAUCGGGAGAGCAGUCACAGACGCAAAAGCAGCAGCAACACGUGGCUUCAGCAUUAGUUGAAUCAUGACAGAGGAGUCUGCGCAGCCAGACAGCGAGAUCAGACGCGAAGACUCUAUCAUGGGCUCCGGUCAGAGGGAAGAUAGGGCCAGCGUGGCCUCCAGCCCAACAGGCACCUUGAGCCACCGCCCGCACUCACCCCCCAUGGCACACAGCCCCAAGGAGGUCUGGAAGAAAGGAGGCCGCAUGUUCUCAGUUCUGCUGGCCAUCAAUUUGGUGCUACUGGCCUGCACUCUAGUGAGCAGUGCAGCCUUCAACGAGGUAGCUGUGCACGACUACGAUGUGUUUUUCUUGUUGACAAUCAUGAUGCUGGUCUGCAUUGCCUGGAUCCUCUUCUACCUCAUCGUUACUGCCAAACGCCAAGAUGCCAUCCUCUGCAAGGACACCCACGCGGGCCCUGUCUGGCUGAGAGGAGGCCUGGUUUUGUUUGCCAUUUUCUCCCUUGUGAUGGACGUGUUUAAAACUGGGUAUUUUGCCAGCUUCUACAACUGCCUGUCCACCAUCAAAAUCAUCUACCCUAUCGUGCAGUUUGUGUUUGUGAUCGUCCAGACGUACUUUCUGUGGGUUUCUGCCAAAGACUGCAUUCACGUGCACCUGGAUGUCACGAGGUGUGGCUUGAUGCUUACUUUGACCACUAACCUUGCCGUGUGGAUGUCAGCCGUCACGGACGAGUCUGUGCACAAAUCACACUCAAAAUUACAGAACAGAACCGACGAAACUCACAAAUUGUUCAUGAAAGCUGCACCAGCGAGUGGCACAACAGAAGGCUGCAGCUGCACCAGCCAAAUUUGCCAGAUCUUCCAGAAUGGCUCUUUUUGGUUAUAUCCCUUCAACAUCGAGUACAGUCUCUUUGCCUCUGCCAUGCUGUACGUGAUGUGGAAGAACGUUGGACGCCUCAUAGACCACCAUGCCGAGCACAUCCACCACUUGAAAUUCAGACUUUUCAGAAAGUCCUUCUUUGUGGGCAUCAUUUUGGGGCUGGUCAUACUAGUAAGCGGCCUGGCGGUCCUUAUCGUUUAUGAAGUUCAGGUGAAUAACACCAGCCAGCCGGACAAGAAGGACCAAGCGCUCAUUAUGUAUUACACCUUCAAUAUAGCUUGCCUGAGCCUGAUGUCUCUUGUCUGCAUUGGAGGCUCCAUUGUUUACAGGUUUGACAAGAGAGACAUGGACCACCACAAGAAUCCAACCAGGACUUUGGAUGUGGCCUUAUUGAUGGGGUCUGCGUUGGGGCAAUAUGCUAUCUCCUACUACUCCAUUGUGGCUGUAGUGGCCAGCACGCCGCGGGAUGCCAUAAGCGCCCUCAACUUGACCUACUCGCUGAUGAUGAUUGCCCAGCACACUUUCCAGAACAUCUUCAUCAUCGAAGGCCUUCAUCGGCAGCCUCCAGAAGAAGAGCACAAAAUUCAUCCUCACCAGAAGAGUACAUAUGGACUCACCUUUGUCAACAUCAAUGCCGUCUCCCUCCGUGUCCCCGAUAGCAGCACCGCCUUGCCAUCCCCGGCACCCCACAGUCCGGGAGCAGUAGCAAUCCAGACCUCAGAGGUACCGCAGUCCAUAAGGGUCCCCAAACAGGUGAAAUGGAGGAGGAAGUUCCUAAAGGAGAUCUCCUUCUUCCUGCUCCUGUGCAACGUAAUUCUCUGGAUCAUGCCAGCGUUCGGCGCCCGGCCGCAGUUUGACAACAAGAAGGAACUCAACUUCUACGGCUACUUGAUGUGGGCCGCCAUUGUGGACAUAUGCUUGCCCUUUGGGAUCUUCUACCGGAUGCACGCGGUGGCCAGCCUGCUGGAGGUCUACAUCAUGUCCUAAAGGGAAGAACGCUUGCUCUAUCAACCCACCUUUCUCACCCCAGGACUGAAAGUCUGCGUGACUGUACUGAAGGGCUCGGGGGUUGCAUGAUCUCCUGCCCUAGCGAUGACAGGGCAUUACUGCACCGCAGUGGAAGUAAUCCACUCAUUGUCACAGUGUGUUUGAUUUCAAUUACUGCUUUGUAGUCUAAGGCUUUUUGAAAAGUGGAAUGUUUACAAAGUGGGACAAUGAAAGCCACAGGUAGCUCACUUCAGUUGACACUCCUUACUAGUAAGGGCCUGAUCCUACCAAGGAGUCCCAAUGCCACUGACUUUCUUCUCUCAGCACUUUGUAGGGCCAAAGCCCAUCUAUGGGCAGGCUGAAUCCCGUUGGCCAGAAGAGAUCCAGUGACUCCAGUGAGAAAACUGAGGUGUGUUAGGCAAAUGGGACACAAUGCUACAUCCCACCUCUGGGAACUCGGUGGCAAAGGAAAAGAAUCCAGUGCACAGAUGUGCAAAGUGAACUGGUGAAUCGUGAAGGCUUUUGCAAUCGCGUUAGACUGCUCUUCCGCCCACCGCCCGACCGUGGUCCUGACGGCUUCGCAAUAUGGCCCUCGGUCACAUCCCCUGCCUUCUCCUCAAGACGGGAUAGCUGCUGAUCAGCCGAGGCCCAGAAUGACAGAAAGCAUCCUUAUUCAGGACAGCACCCACACAUGUGCUGAAUUUCCACUGAUGUCCAGGGGCCCUUAGCACAUACUGAAGCGCUGUCCUGAAUAGGAACAGGCUUAAGCACAUGCUUAUGGUCUUUCCUGAAUCAAGGCCAAUGAUUAAUUCUAUUAUGAGAAUUAUAAGGAUUUUUUAAAAUAGUUUAAUGAUUUUUUAAAUUAUGAAUUUAUUUUGUAUAAAAAAUUAUUUAUUGAUUUUCAGCAUAACAAUGAACAGCUAAAGAUUCACAGUGCCACCCAAUGCAGGCAUUGGAGAUACAAUUCAUUCUACAGGCCAGGUAUACUGACUUUACAUGUACACACUGUGCUACCAUGGAUUUCCUUAGGAGACCCAUGUAUCAGCAAAUGUAACUGGAAGUAAGCCGCAAGACCUCUAGGCCAUGCUCCAUUUGGCUGGUGCAAAUAUGUACAGUAAAAGCUUUGUUAAUUGGCAUGUUGGGGGAAUGUGAGGUGUCAGUAAAUCAUCAAUUCUGGAUAAUGAAGAGGGAGGGAUUUUGGGUGCAGAGGGUGCUCAGGGUUGAGGCAUGGGAGGUGGUGUGGAGUACAACAUCUGGGAGGGUGUUUGGGUGCAGGGGGGUUGGAGUGCGGGAGAGGCUUGGGGUGCCAGAUCCAGGCAGCCCAUACCUCGGGUUGCUCCCUGUAAGCAGCAACAUAUCCCUGCCGUUCAUAGACAGAGGCACAGCCAAACAGCUCUGUGCACUGCCUCCACCCACAGGUUCCACCCCUACAGCUCCCAUUGGCCACAAUACCUGGCCAAUGGGAGCUGCAGAGCCAACGCUCACAGUGGAGCAGGUCGGGGGCAGCACAGGAGUCCUCAUGGCCAUUCCUGCACCUAAGAGCCGCAGGGACAUGUUGCCACUUCUGGGGAGCCAGGUAGGGAGCCUGCUGGCUCCACACCAAGCCGCCUAUAAACCAAACUUUCAAUGAAGAUCAGAAAUGCCACUUUAUGGAGCUUUCCAGUUGCUGAAGUGCCGUCUAACACCACUUUUACUGUAUCAGCAAAUGAGUCAACAUGGCACAGCUCAGUGUCGGUCUCGCAAAGUUAUGUUUACAUGAGAAAGAAAUUUCAUUGUAUUGAAGAGGAAAAU